UCAUCGCCGUGCGCCCGGCCGCAGAGACGCGGGCUGCAGGCAUGGCGCUCUUCCAUGUAGCGCGGUACGCGGGGCCCGAGGCGGCCGGGGCGGAGGCGGAGGCGGACGGCCGGGCCCGCGCGCUGCUGGAGCGGCUGCAGAGCCGGGCCCGAGAGCGGCAGCGGCAGCGGCAGCAGCAGUCGCGGCAGCAGGAGGCUGAGGCGGCCGCGCGGACCGAGCCCGCGCCGGGGAAGCGGCGGCGGCGGCGGCGGCCGCGGAGGUGCAAGGGCGGCGGGGCGCCCGGGAGCCCGCAGGCCCCGCGCAGCAAGCGGCGGAGAGAGGACGGCGAGGAGGCCGGCGCAGGUGGGCCCGGCGGGGCGGGGAGGGGCCGGAGCGCGGGCCGGGACCCGGGUCUGCCGGAGGCUGACGCGCCGCCCCUGCCCGGCUUCCGCCCCGCAGAGAGCAGCGAGGAGGCGCCGCGGGAGGGCAGCGUGGACGCCGAGGCCGCGGGGCCGCCCGAAGCCCCAGGGGAACAGCCCCCCGACGCGGCCGGUGCACCCCCAGCCCACCCCCUGCUGCUCGGGGGCUUCGGGAGGAGCAGGGCGCCGAAGGUCCAGCCUUUCCUGCCGACGUGGCUGGCCGAGCCGAGCUGCGUUGGGAAGAACGUCACCGAAGACCUGGUGCCUCUCGAGGACAUCCCCGAAGUCCACCCUGACCUGCAGAGGAAGCUGCGAGCCCACGGCAUCUCGUCCUACUUCCCAGUGCAGGCGGCAGUCAUCCCUGCUCUCCUGGAGAGCGCGGCCCAUGGGUUCCUGGUGGGCAGAGGCGGCUACCAGCCCAGGGACCUCUGUGUCUCCGCCCCGACGGGCAGCGGGAAGACCCUGGCCUUCGUCAUACCCGUGGUGCAGGCCCUGCUGCAGCGAGCAGUGUGCCAGGUGCGCGCCCUGGUCGUGCUGCCCACCAAGGAGCUGGCCCAGCAGGUGAGCAAGGUGUUCCACGCCUACACGGACACCACACCUCUGCGCGUCGCCCUGGUCACCGGGCAGAAGUCGUUGGCCAAGGAGCAGGAGAGCCUCGUCCGGGAGACGGUGGACGGCUUCCGCUGCCUGGCUGACAUCGUGGUGGCCACUCCCGGCCGCCUGGUGGACCACGUCGACCAGACCCCGGGGUUCAGCCUCCAGCACCUCCGCUUCCUGGUCAUCGACGAGGCCGACCGGAUGAUCGACAGCAUGCACCAGUCCUGGCUCCCCCGUGUGGUGGCGGCGGCCUUCCCAGGGGAGGGGGCCAAGGACCCCUUUGCUCUGCUCCAGAGACGGCGGCCCCAGGUCGUGACUGCUGCCAGCACCUGCUGCCCUCAGAUGCCCCUGCAGAAGCUGCUCUUCUCAGCCACGCUGACCCAGAAUCCGGAGAAGCUGCAGCAGCUGGGCCUGCACCAGCCCUGGCUUUUCUCCACGCGAGCAGCGCGCGGGGCUCCCGCAGGCACCAACGUGGACGCGGACGCGGACGCGGACGCGGGCGGGAAGUACACCUUCCCUGCAGGGCUCUCGCACCACUACGUGCCCUGCCGCCUGCGCUCCAAGCCGCUGGUGGUCCUGCACCUGAUCCUGCACCUGGGCUGCUCCAGGAUCCUCUGCUUCACCAACUCCCGGGAGAACUCCCACAGGCUCUUCCUGCUCGUCCAGGCUUUCGGUGACGUGACGGUGGCCGAGUUCUCCUCCCGCUACGGGCCCGGCCAGAGGAAGGGGAUCUUGAAGCAGUUUGAACAGGGGAAGAUCCAGCUCCUCAUCAGCACAGAUGCCACUGCCCGCGGCAUCGACGUGCAGGGGGUGCAGCUGGUGGUGAACUAUGACGCCCCCCAGUACCUGCGGACCUACGUGCACCGGGUGGGGAGAACGGCUCGAGCUGGGAAAACUGGACAAGCCUUCACGCUGCUGCUCAAAGUGCAGGAGAGGCGAUUCCUCCGGAUGCUGGCGGAAGCCGGGGUGCCCCAGCUGGAGCGCCACGACACGCCCGGCGAGCUGCUGCAGCCCCUCGUCCCGCGGUACGAGGAGGCCCUGUCCCAGCUGGAGAGGGCCGUCCAGGAAGAAUCGAGGCAGAAGGCGGCCUAGGUUGGGCUCAGGAUGAUGGGAUGAGACCUGGCCGGGUGGAGCCGCCGAGCGUGGUUGUGAGCCGGCUUGCUCGUGCUCUGGCGUCUGGAAUGCAGGACUCCUUCAGCCAUCAUGCGGCCUCCCGGCUUGGCAGGGCCUUGAACCUGGUGGUGGGGGCCUGCCUGCCUCUGAACUACCACCUUGGGGAGGUGGUGCCAGGCUGCUGCUGCACUGCCUUUGGGGCCGCGGGCACCUGGACCUGAACGAGGGGACCUCUCGCAGGACGACUGCUCUCGGGUCUGAGGAAGGCUUUCUUUCCUCUGGGUUCAUGGACACUCCUGCUCAUGAACAGUUUAGGCUCUGCCUUUGUGACCAGAACACCUAUUCAAGUUACUUCCCCCCAGACGUAAAAAAAGCACCCAAAUACCAAGAAGUGCGGGAGCCCUGGCUGGAACAGCUGUGGACCUGAGUGUCGGCCUGUGGGCUGAAGGGUCCUGGGCCUGAUCUGAUCAGAGCACACGCCUGGACUGUGGCUCGAUCCCGAGGGGGCCUGCAGGAGACAGCCGACCCAUGAGUCUCAUCACUGAUGCUAUUUCUCCUCCCCUUCUCACAAACCAAUAAAAAUGUAUUUUAAAAAGUGCCAUGAGCGUGAGAAUCGCCGCUGGUUCUGAGUCCUCCACUGCGCAGAGGGGGUCGCAGCCCCAGCUUGCGUUCCCUGUCCCUCCCUCAGCGCCACCUGCACCCACCGCCUGCUGGGAGCCUCACCGAGCCCUCUGCCAAGUGCCCGAGACAACCAGCAUCUUCCACCCCUUUCCUGGGAGACGAGAGGAGAGCGAGAGCAUAUGAAAAAGUCGUUUAUUAAGCCUUUCUGGAGGGGGGGGCAUCAGUGCUCUUCAAAACCCUACUGUUCAAGUACAAAUGAUUGUUUACAAAGUAUUUACAUCUCAGUCUCUAAUCUCAAAACACAACAACUAUUUGGUUACAAUACUUAA